AUGCCGGGGCUCCUUACCCUGCCGGGGCUCCGUGCCUCACCGCCCGCCUUCCUCCUGCUGCUGGUGCUCGUGUUUCCCCGUGGCUGCCCCGCGGCGCCGGGCGCCGGGCAGGAGCUGGAGCCCGGCAGCCGCUCGGCCGCGGCGGCGGCGCGGGUGGCCCUGCAGUACCGCAACUUCCAGGCGGGAUCCCUCGGCGGGCUCAGGGCGCUCGGGCACGUCCGCAAGGCUACGCUGAAGAACAUCCCAGAGUCUGGCCACAAGUAUUACCUGCACUUCAGCACUGAGGACUACAGGACUGGGGAAGAUGCUGGAAACUGCCUGGCUACAGUGCUGUAUCCAAAGAAAAAGUCUCCUCCUGUUGUCAGCAUCAAGUGCUCCCACACCAAAGACCAGAAGGAAAUCCAGGAGGAGGACAACAGACUUUACCAAAAGAUGAAGCACCAAAACAAACCAAUAACUGGAAACAACAUUCCAGACAGCUAUGGCAGCAUUGAGCUUGCCCUGGAGCCAGUGUGGGCUCUGGCUGUGGCUGGCAGCAGCUCCAUCAUGUGGCAAAAGUCCACGGAGACCUUGGGAUACUUCCUGGCCCAAGUGAAGUCCGUGAGGCAGUGGAUCAGGAAAGAUGAUUUUAUUGAGUUUGACUACACUGUGCUACUGCAUGAAAUUCCAACCCAGGAAAUCAUUUCCUGUCACAUGCGCCUGACGUGGCUCCCCGGGCACCCUCUGAAAGUGAAACAUUUCUGUGCUGCCCAGAGCCAUGCUGUGGAUGAGGGAUCUGGGGCAGAAUCUGGAUCAGCUGCUGGGCCUGCAGCUGAAAAAGGAGCAAAUUUUUAA